GUGUUUUCUAGAAAGUUGGAAGAGAUUGGCCGAGUUCUGUUCAUCAUCUCGCUUACCCAGCGUAUGCCUGCCAUGCACAAACAAUCCCAUGUCUCCAUGCUUCAGGAAGACCUUCUGCGACUGCCAUCAUUUCCUCGCUCUGCCAUUGAUGCUGAGUUUACACUUUUCAAUGAGCCUCUAGGCAAAGAGCUCUUUGGUUUGGACACUUUACACAAGGUCCUAUGGAUCAAACUGCUGGAGGAGAUGUUUCUGGGCAUGCCCAGUGAAUACCCUUGGGGUGAUGAGAUUAUGUUAUUUCUGAAUGUGUUUAAUGGUGCACUGCUCCUACACCCCGAGGACAGCGCUCUCCUCAGGCAAUACAGCGCCACUGCCAUCAACACAGCUACUGCAGAUUCCCUGGAUGCUCUGGAGCUGGUGAAGGCUGAGAAACCCCUACGCUCUCUGGAUUUUUGCUAUGGUAAUGAGGACCUGGCAUUUUCGAUCAGUGAAGCCAUUAAGCUCUGUGUUACAGUGGUUGCUUAUGCCCCAGAAUCCUACCGAAGUCUGCAGAUGCUGAUGGUUCUUGAGGCUUUAGUUCCGUGUUACCUGCAGAAGAUGAAGAGUAACAUACAGACUCUGGAGUCGGCGUCUGCAGCAAGGGAUGAGAUCGCUGCCAUAGCUGCUCUGGCCACCUCUCUGCAGGCUCUGCUCUACAGCGUGGAGGCAUUGACACGACCUAUGACUGCACCUCAGAUGAGUCGAUGUGAUCAAGGCCACAAGGGAGCAACUACAGCCAACCACGCCAUGUCUGGAGGACCAAAUACCAGGGAUAACCUGCACCUGCUGGAGGAGGGUCAGGGAAUACUGAGGGAGGAACUGGAUGAGCGUAUCGCCCGUGAAGAGUUCCGUCGCCCCCGUGAGUCUCUGCUUAACAUCUGUACAGAGUUCUACAAGCACUGUGGUCCGCGUCUCAAAAUCCUGCAGAAUGUGGCAGGAGAACCCAGAGUCACUGCUCUAGAACUGCUGGAUAUCAAAUCUCAUAUGAGAUUGGCAGAAAUCGCCCACUCCCUUCUCAAAUUGGCCCCGUAUGACACACUGACCAUGGAAAGCCGAGGACUGCGCCGCUACAUCACAGAAAUGUUACCCAUCACUGAUUGGUCAGCAGAGGCAAUUCGUCCUGCUCUCAUCCUCAUUCUAAAGAGGCUGGACCGCAUGUUUAACAAGAUUCAUAAGAUGCCCACACUCAGGUGCGUUCAUCCUCAGGCUCUGUGCACCAG